AUGUGUAUUACUCUUGAUAAUAUGUACAAAGAGUAUGUUGGUCUAUUUAGUGAGCACGGUGAAGAAGGAUCUGGUAGAACUAAUGUUGAUCAAAAUGGGCUUAUUUUGGAGCCACAUAAAUCUUCAGGGUGGUUAUUGUUAAUGAAUUAUGUCGAAGAACAACAAGCAAUUCUUGUCGUUAAAUAUGAAAUUAAAGAGUAUUUGAGUGAGAUAAAUUACAAGCCUAAAGAUAAUGGGAUUAGGAACAAACCUAAGUUAGCAGACAAAUCUGGUCGCCGACUUUUACUUAUUGUUUCUUCAUCUGCAAUGGCUUUGAGUCUUUUGGUUGUUUCAAUAUCAUUCUACUUGAAGGAAUAUAUAUCACCAGAUUCUGAUUUAUAUGCGACAUUGAGCCUCGUAUCGGUGGCUGGAGUUGUGGUCAUGGUUAUUGCAUUCUCUCUGGGAUUAGGAGCAAUGCCAUGGAUUAUAAUGUCUGAGAUUCUUCCGAUUAACAUCAAAGGCCUAGCUGGAAGUUUUGCAACACUUGCCAAUUGGUUCUUUUCCUGGUUGGUUACAUUAACAGCAAAUUUGCUCUUGGAUUGGAGUUCGGGAGGAACCUUCACAAUAUAUACUGCAGUGUGUGUUUUCACAGCAGGAUUUGUUGCCAUUUGGGUCCCCGAGACAAAGGGAAAAACUCUUGAAGAAAUACAACAGUUUUUCAGAUGAAGUUUCCUUUCGAGUAGCACUUCAGCUAGUGUUCACUCAUGUAUUCACAUUCAUAUUUUUUUUUCUGAAUCAACUCAAUUCAUUUUUGUGCUCUUUGGUCUUGUUAAAUAUGAAAAAUACCAAGGGGCAAGGGAUACUUGAAAGUAUCAAUUGAUA